AUGGAUGCCUCCUACAACAUAGAUAUCCUGGACCAUUCUGACCUCCAAAGACAGGAUGGUCAACUACAGAGGAGCCAGGAAGACCCACCUCUUCAAACAACAGUUCCUAAACAGGAGCAAAAGGAAGAAGGAAAUGAAAAGUCUUCACUUGUUGGAAGUCUAAAAGAUGACACAUCUAGGAUUAUCAAAGAAACACACAAAGAAGAUGAACCAGAGGAAAUGGAGGUAGGGAGUCCUGAAACAAUUGUGGCUGCUAAGACAGAGGAUACAUCUGAGGAAACAGGAGGCCAGGGAUGUGAGUCUUCUGGAAAAAAGACAGAGAACAAGAUGGAGUUUUCAGUGCACCAUGACAAAGGGGCUCAUUCAGCUUUCCCCCUGGGGACUGGAAUUUCCAGACAGACUUUGCAAGAGCUGAAAAUGUUAUUGAGAGAAAACCCAGUGGCUAUUAAUCAAGGCAGAGAUGCCGGGGAACUGAAGCACAAAUCUUCUCAUGGAAUCCAGUCCCAACCCUAUGAAAGAACAGUUGAAAAGCAGUAUCGAAUCUUUGAGGCAUUCUGUCCUCACUAUAAAGAAGAUCAGAAAGAAAAACAAAUAGUGGGGAAGCCAAUCAUGGGAGCCAAUUCAUCUGGGUCUGAUCAACAGCAAUCAGAAGACAGUCAGAAGGAUCAACCCACUGUGAUAAAAACAUCUCCCCACAAAACUUCGGGCAAUGUGCCUAGCAUUAAAGUUGACUCCAACUACAGCCAUGCUGAUAAAAAGAGAGAUCCUGAUGUACACCUCCCUAGAAUUCACAUCCCCCUUCACUUGCGAUCUAGGGUUGAACACAUUGAACAAGAGAUGGCUAGAGACAAUAUACAUUUUGUCCGAUUUGAAGCGACUGAUCUGCAUGGGGUCUCCAGGUCUAAGAGCAUUCCUGCCCGCUUUUUUCAAGAAAAAGCAAUUCACGGUAUUUCCAUGCCCAGAGGUUAUCUUGAACUGACUCUGAAUCCUAAGGAUAACGAAGUGGAUCAUAUAAGUGCCCCCAAUUUUAACAGUGACAUCAUCCUGAUCCCAGAUCUAUCAACAUUUCGAGUCCUACCUUGGGCUGAAAGAACAGCCAGAGUGAUAUGUGAUUCCUUCACCAUAAUGGGAAACCCCUUAUUGACCUCUCCCAGGCAUCUGGCCAAACGGCAGCUGAACCAACUGCAGGAAUGUGGCUUCUCCUUGCACUCUGCCUUCACAUAUGAAUUUUGUGUUUACGGUAUGGCUGAAGUUAUAAAUUCAAAGACAAUUUCUUUCCCUGCAGCAACUUUACUAAAUAGUCAUGACCAAAUUUUCAUUCAGGAACUCGUGGAUGGAUUGUAUCACACGGGUGUUAAUGUUGAGAGCUUCUCUUCCUCCAUUGGGCCUGGACAGAUGGAAAUCUCUUUUGAUCAAGAUUUCGGCAUCGGUUCCACGGACAGCGCCUUUACCUUUAAGACUGGCAUCAGAGAGGUUGCCAAGAAGCACAAUUAUAUUGCCAGUUUUUUUACUGAAACUGGAUUCUACAAUUUGGGAAUUCUCUCCCACAGCCUGUGGGAUGCUGGUGGGAGGAAGAACUUGUUCUCCAGUGGUCCCAGAGCCCAGCAGCUCACCGACAUUGGGAAGAAGUGGUUAUCGGGGCUCUUGCUGCAUUCGGCGGCUCUCAGUGGCCUCAUGGCUCCCACCGUCAGUUGCCGUAAGCGCUAUUCAGGGGAUGAAAAAGAGCUGAAAGAGUGCGUGAAUACCACCUGGGGGUACAACGAUAACAGCUGCAUCUACAACAUCAAGUGCUAUGGCCAGAGGGGCCCCCAGAUACAAGUCAGGCUGGGCUCAGCUACUGCGAACCCUUACCUGGUGUUGGCUGCCACCAUAGCUGCAGGCUUGGAUGGAAUCCAGAGAGAGGUCAGUGUCCUCGGGGGGCCAGAUGACUGCCCAGACCUUUAUCAGCUGAAACCUUCAAACAUCCCCUUGAAACUAGAAGAUGCCCUUGUGGCCCUCGAGGAAGAUAAGUGUAUCCGUGAAGCUCUUGGGGACACUUUUAUCCAAUAUUUUGUGGCCAUGAAACAAUAUGAGCUGGAAAAUGAUGAAGCAGAUGCUGAAAGGAAUAAAUUCUUAGAGUAUUUUAUUUAG